CAAGUACGAUGUAACAUUAGAAAAUGGGGACUUAAUUUUUGACUGUAGUGCCGUGGAUAUUAUUAUCUGUGAUCUGUGCUUAAUAUGACAUAUUAUGACAUUUGAUAUUUUGCUUAUUUCUAAGCGCUGCUUUAUGCCUAGAAUUUGAAAAUACUCCGUAUUCUAUUAUAUCAUCUCUGAUUUGGUUUUCUUUUUAAAAAUCUUGCCAUGGCUCGAAAUGUAGCUGAAACCGCGAGAAAAUUUUUGCUACUUGGACAAUGUGUGCCUACGGUAAAACAAAAUGCGACAAAAAUUCGUGUUAAGAGGUUAGAAUUAGAUGAAAAUUUAUUGAUGUAUUUUAGAAAAGAUGAAUUUUACUAUUGCCACGAUCCUGUUAAGAAAUGUAAAACUGGAGAUAUUGUACUUAUACAAGCCCUGCCUCACAAAAUGACAAAAUUAAUCACCCAUGAAAUUAAGGACGUUGUGUAUCCUUUCGGUGAUAUAACUGAUCCAGUAACUGGUAAAAAAGUUGCAAAAGCUCAAUAUAGAGAGGAUAUUGAAAAACAAGCAGAAAUUUAUGGAAAGUUGGAUUCUGGCUUUGAUUAUAACAAGGCCCCUGCAAGGGGUUGGCAAGAUGGCAAAAAAGAUUUUACGUCGAAACCUACGUACACUAAAUUUCAUGUGUUUGAUGAAGAAGAUCCUUAUGCAGUUUGAAAUUAUAUUAUCUAGUACAUAUUUGUAAAUAGUAAUAAAAGUAGUGUUAAUUUACA